AUGAAAAAAGACCCAAAGCUGGCAGGUGAAGUCGGAAAGGAGCUAGCUAACGCAGGUGUACGGACUGUGAUUCUCAAUGCUUGCGACUCGGCCAGCUUUCGGGAUUCGGCGCCAGAAAGCAAUCUGGCCGAGGUCCUCUUGGGCUACGAGAUGCACUCAGUCCUUGCAAUGGGCUAUAAGGUGACCGAGGAGGCUGUUAAAAUCUUUAUGAGCGCCUUUUACCACUCGCUUCUUAUUGAAGGUGCCUCGAUUGAGCACGCAACGCGGACGGCUCGUUCUGCACUGCUCCGCAACCGAUCCCGGAGAGCUUGGUAUAUGAAACGAGUCCAACUUGCUGACUUUGUCGUUCCGGUGCUCUAUGUCUCAAAACUUAGUUAUGAGGCGCCCGAGACAGAAAAUACAAUCACUGCCUCUUCAUCCAGGCAGGAAACAGAUUCGUUACAGGGGCUGCUUGGGAGAGACUACAACAUCCUUUCUCUCGAGACUCAUCUGUCCGUUUCACCUCUGGUACUCCUGUACGGGCAAGGCGGUGUCGGGAAAACAGAAUUGCCUCGUUAUGCGUGUAGCUGGUGGAAGUCCUCUGGUUGGAUCAAGGCGGCGGCGUACAUCGACCUUGACCAACAAGAACUCUGCUUAUACAACUCGAUGGAGUCUGUGGUAAGUUCAAUAGCCCAGCAGCUGCAGUUUCAACUAAAGGAAUUUUCUGUUAACGGGAUUAUCGACAAUCUGCGCACGGAAAAGUAUCUGAUUGUCUUCGACAGUGCCGAGGCCUUUGAAACCCACAACCCCCUGGACGAAAUGUGCGCCCACGAUCCGGAGGGCUUGGCAACACAACUGGCUGCCUUCAUUGACAAGGUCACCGAACAAGGGUCGAUGGUUAUUGUUGCCUCGCGGUUGUGCAAAUCGAAGAUUGCCCGUGGGUCGUCAAACCCCCUCAAGUACUGCCUCCAUGGUUUCUCUGUGCUGGAUUCAUUCACCCUGCUGCAGAACCUCGCAUUCGAGUCCGGCCAGGAGAUACCGGAUAUAUUCCACCAUCGUGAAAAUAUUGACCUAAUCCGGCGUGCAGCCAUUCUUCUGGAGGGUAAUCCCCUUGCCCUUCGUCUGAUCGUGCCUGAGCUGAAAAAAGCCAACUAUAACGGCGAAGUGCUCCUCGACAUCCUCCUUUAUGGAGUUUGCACGACACUGAGCAGACCCUAUCUGUCACUUUAUAAUAGCAGAUUCGAGAGGUCGUUUUUUGCCUGCAAUCUGGAUCCAUUUCUCAAUGAAGAUGACACGGGAAUGGCGGUGUAUCACCUCGCCUCGUUUGGAAUCUGA